GAGAGUGUGUUGUUUGGGUUCCGGAUUCCCUAACAGCUGCGUACCGACGUCCUCUGCUCUCUCUCUCUCUCUCUCUCUCUUUCUCUCUGUCUGUAUAUAUAUAUUUGCAAUUUCUGGGCUUCUCAUCCUCAAAUAAUCCCAAAACUGCCGUUGUCGUUUUAUAUUGGUUCAGUCGAAAUCUGAUUACACAUACCUACAAUAAUCUCUGUGGAUGAGUGGUCCCGUAUAUGCCCAUUUUGUUCCCCUUCACCAACUGGGUUUCUGUAUUUGAUCAGCAAAGAUGAUUAUUUGAAUGAGUGCUCUUCUGGGUUUAUAGCUUAAGCAGCAGAGUACCAGCAGGAUAAGGAUUUCUUAGUUACUGUUCUCCUUCAUGGAGACCAUAGCUUCAUCUGGUUCACUGCCCAUUCCUCAAGAACCAGCUGAUUAUGAUGAUGUUUCUAUGCAGCAGAGUUUGCUCUUCUCUGAUAGUCUCAAGGAUUUGAAGAGUCUGAGAACACAGCUCUACUCGGCAGCUGAGUAUUUUGAAUUGUCCUACACCUAUGAUGACCAAAAACAGAUAGUGUUAGAUACAUUGAAGGAUUAUGCCAUUAAAGCCCUCGUGAAUACUGUAGACCAUUUGGGCUCUGUCACAUCUGAGGUUAAUGACCAAUUAGAUGAAAAGGUUGAUGAAGUUUCUGGUACAGAGCUUCGGGUAUCUUGCAUUAAACAGAGACUACGGACAUGCCAAGAGUACAUUGAUCAGGGGGGGCUCUCCCAGCAGUCACUGAUGAUAAAUACUCCCAAGUACAAUAAGAGAUACAUAUUGCCAGGAUUAGACAGGGAGACCAUGCAUGGGGCAUCUCAUACUAAAGUAAAACAUCAAGGAUGCAGCCUGGAUGAUAAAGAAGACGGGCACCAAUUUAGGAAUGCUGGUUGUUUCUCCAUAGCAGUUCAAACUACAAAAAGAGAAAUCCCAUCUGCUUCAGUCAGUCCAUGCAGAAAAGGGCGCUCCCCAUCGCCUUCUCCACGACCUUUGCAGCAACCUGCAACUUUUUCGUUCACUGCCACCAAGCCAAAAAAAGAACAAGAGAAGCGAGCAGUUUCACCAACUCGAUUUCCUCUUUUAGAUCUUGGAUCUCUCUCUUCUAGGCCAACCACCCCAAAUUCAAAGAUGACCGUUCAAAAUUCAAGUCGGCGAGCAACUACUCCAAAUCGAAGGCUGCCCUUCCCAAAUUCAAGUUGGCCAACCGCUCAAAACCCUGCUUCUGCUAGACCAAGGCAUCUUUCAGAGCCUCGGAAUUCAGUUCCACUGCAUCUCCAUUCCGAGAAGGAAAUUCCCAAAGAAACCGAACAAUACCCCAGAAAAAGUAAUCGCCUCCUCAAGUCCUUGCUCAGUCGGCGAAAAUCAAAGGAAGAUGAGAUGCUGCUAUACACUUACUUAGAUGAAUACUGAAUUAAGAGGGGAAAAGAGGUAGAGAAGGGCAUGAAAAUAGGGUAAAUGAAUGUUGACUUGCUUUUUCAAUUUUCCUUCAAAAUCCAAUUUGUAACUGUAGCCCUUGUUCCCUUUGACGCGUUAGCCUGCAGUGUUAUAGUGUAUUUUCAACACAUUAUAAAGUUAGUGGCAAUAUAUGAGGUAUUAUUAUUCCGGUUA